AUAUGAGUGAAGUUUGAAGGGCAGAGUCUUGCUGGAAGAGACUAGAGUCGCAAAAUUCUGUGAAACCCUUAGAGACGCGUAACGAAUGAACAGAUUGUCAUCGGACUCUGUUUUUAUCCUUUAAUUUAAUUAGCUGAGUCUUCUCCUCGUCUAUUUUCCAGCUAACGUAAUGGCUACCUCCCUGGAUAUGACCCUGGAUGAUAUGGUGAAAAGAAAUAAGAGUGAGAGAGGCAGAGGCCGGGGUAGGCCGCGCCGUGGCAGAGGCUUUUUUGGUGGUGGAAGAAUGACAGCAACCACCCUUGCUACUCGUAGAGGUCCCCUUGCUGUCAAUACCCGCCCAUCGCAACACUCUAUUGCCAAGUCUUCCCACAGGACCAGGAGCACACCAUGGCAGCAUGAUUUGUUUGAAGACAGCCUUAGAGCUGCAGGGAUAUCAGGAGUAGAAGUUGGCACCAAGUUAUAUGUAUCCAACUUGGACCUUGGAGUCACAAAUGAAGAUAUCAGGGAACUUUUCUCUGAGAUAGGGGAGCUGAAAAGAUAUGCAGUUCAUUACGAUAAAAAUGGUCGGCCAAGUGGUUCAGCUGAAGUUGUUUAUCUCAGAAGGAGUGAUGCAUUUGCUGCUCUUAAGCGGUAUAACAAUGUACUGUUGGAUGGAAAGCCCAUGAAAAUUGAAAUUGUUGGUGCCAAUGCAGAAGUGCCAAUUUCAGCUCGUGUUAAUGUAACUGGAAUAAAUGGAAGGAGGAAGAGGGCUGUUGUUUUGACGCCUGGACCAGGUCAGUCAAGAAGCUCUGCUGGACCUAAUCGCAGUCUUAACCGUCGUGGGGGUAUGAGGAGUGGCCGUAGUGGUUCUCGUGGUAGAGGCCGUGGCCGUGGAAAAAAGAAGCCAAUUGAGAAGUCGGCAGAUGAUCUUGACAAGGAGCUGGAAAACUAUCAUGCUGAAGCCAUGAAUGUUUCAUGAAGUCUAAAACCAUCAUGAAUUUAACAUAAUAUUUUUGCUUCUUGUUAGCUGUACAAAAAUGGCUUGGCAGCAUUUUAGUUUCGCAUUGUAUUUUAUUUGUUAGAUGGGUUUUUUGUUUAGUUAUUAGAUUUUUAAGUUGAGUAGGAUGGGUUUGUUUUGUCAUCUAGGUAGAUUUGAAGCCUUAGUUGAAAGUGGAAGUGUGAUGAGUUUAGAACUUGGUAUGUGAUUGCGAACUCAGUUUUACUGCCUGUCAAGUCUGCUUGAUUGACAAUGAUAUUGCCCUCGUCUCAGGAGCACAAGCCUGAUCUAAUUUCA